GCAAAAACAAAUCAGUGACGAAGCAGGUAAACAAUGGAGACCAGAGAAGCUGCCACGUGAUCGAGAAAGUCGUUAAGGGGCGACGAAGCUGUGUAGUCCACAGAGGAUGAAUUUGUUCUCGUCCGAAAAUGCCCAAUUGCGUUGAACCCAAGUUUGAGUCCAACACCUACAUUUCCUGAUAAACUUCAACGAACCAUCCCUCCACCUUUGUUUGUCUUCUUUAACCCCGUGCGUGACGCUCGCGCUCGUUUCACCUUUUAUAUUGAUAGCGCUCUGGGAAGCAUAUAAGAGAUACACGAGCUACGAAAAGCACGGCAAUACAAAGAUUUUGGUAGAAAAAGAAAAUCAGGGAAAACCCUAGGAAUUCGAUGGAGAAAACAAUGAAGGUGAAGGAGAACGGCCCGACUGAGCAGAAUACGGGUCGGGUUAUUGAUGGACCCACGAACCCGAUGGUUUCGCCUCUGCUCACGGAUCUCUACCAAUUUACUAUGGCUUACGCUUACUGGAAAGCUGGCAAGCAUCAAGAACGAGCUGUGUUUGAUUUAUAUUUUCGUAAGAAUCCUUUUGGUGGGGAGUAUACAGUCUUUGCUGGUUUGGAAGAAUGCAUAAAGUUCAUAGCUAAUUUCAAAUUCACAGAGGAGGAGAUCAAAUUCAUCCAGCAUACUUUACCUACAUCAUGUGAGGAUGGUUUCUUUGAAUAUCUUAGAGGAAUUGAUUGCUCUGAUGUGGAGGUAUAUGCAAUUCCUGAGGGAACGGUUGUUUUUCCUAAGACACCUCUAUUGAGAAUUGAAGGACCAAUUGCUCUGGUUCAAUUGCUGGAAACACCCUUUGUGAAUCUAGUUAAUUAUGCAUCAUUAGUUACUACUAAUGCUGCUAGGCAUCGUUUUGUUGCUGGGAAAUCCAAACUUCUACUUGAGUUUGGACUACGAAGGGCUCAGGGGCCUGAUGGUGCAAUAGGAGCAUCAAAGUACUGCUAUAUUGGAGGAUUUGAUGCAACAAGCAAUGUUGCAGCAGGAAGGUUAUUUGGCAUACCCCUUCGUGGCACUCAUUCUCAUGCUUUUGUUAGCUCAUAUAUGAGCCUUGACGAGAUUAUAGAUAAAUCACUUCAAAGACAAGAUGGCUCAAGUACAUGUGAGGACUUUGUUAGUUUGGCUCAAUCAUGGCUGAGCAAAAUUCAGUGGUCAAAUUCACUACGUGGCAAAUUUGGUGAGACUAAUCAAAGUGAGCUGGCAGCAUUCACAUCAUAUGCACUGGCAUUUCCUGAUAGCUUUCUUGCCCUCGUAGAUACAUAUGAUGUUAUGAGAAGUGGAAUCCCAAACUUCUGUGCGGUUGCACUGGCUCUUCAUGACUUAGGAUAUAAAGCAAUUGGAAUUAGAUUGGACUCUGGCGAUCUGGCAUAUCUGUCUUGUGAGGCGAGAAAAUUCUUUUGCUCCAUUGAGAAGGAAUUCAAAGUGCCUGGUUUUGGAAAGAUGGGCAUCACUGCUAGUAAUGACCUCAAUGAGGAAACAUUGGAUGCUUUAAACAAACAGGGUCAUGAGGUUGAUGCCUUUGGAAUUGGGACAUACCUGGUUACGUGUUAUGCUCAAGCUGCUUUAGGUGUUGUUUUCAAAUUGGUUGAGAUAAAUAAUCAGCCUCGCAUCAAACUUUCCGAAGAUGUUUCAAAGGUCUCUAUUCCAUGCAAGAAAAGAUGCUACAGGUUGUAUGGAAAAGAAGGCUAUCCCCUCGUAGACAUAAUGACGGGGGAAAAUGAACCCCCUCCUAAGGUAGGAGAAAGAAUCCUAUGCCGCCAUCCCUUCCAAGAAUCCAAGCGAGCAUAUGUGGUGCCACAGCAAGUUGAGGAGCUUCUAAGGUGUUACUGGCGCGGGAGUUCAGAAAACACGAGAGAAAUUUUACCACCUUUAAAGGACAUUAGAGAGCGUUGCAUUAAACAACUGGAACAAAUGCGACCUGAUCACAUGAGGAGACUUAACCCGACGCCAUAUAAGGUUAGUGUAAGUGCCAAGCUGUAUGACUUCAUUCAUUUUCUGUGGCUCAACGAGGCACCAGUCGGAGAGCUGCAGUAAUAAGGUGAAUAAAAUGGCAUGCCUUGUGGACCGAUUGAUCGUGGCCUAAGGUUCUGGUAGGAAGUGGGAGGAAAAUAAAUCCUUUCAUACAGUCAUGAUAUGACUGUCUUCAAAUUCAAAGUGCUUUUAGAUUGUAUGAUUUCAUUGUCCCAAAUAAAUGUAUGUUUUUGUCCCCGGUAAAUGUAUGAUUUUGUACCUUUAUAAGUUUUUUUUAUUCAAUAAGAAAAUUUAGGGUUGGAAA